GUCCAUGUGCAACCCUCUAUAAAUCCCAAACCUUCAACCUUUCUCCCUUACAACAACAUCAUCUCCACAACCUAAACCUAAACCAUAUCCACUUCUCAAACUGCUCUUCUUCCUCUUCUCAUAUUUAGAUCAAAUAUCUUUUAUUCUCUCCCACUCUUUCUCAGACUUGUCCUACCAAGUUGCAAACUUGCAUCUCAAAAUCACCUCUUUUUACAAUUUUGGCAUAUGGGUGUUCAUUAAUUCAGUGAUAAACCGUUUUGAUCAUCGUUUUCACUUAGUUUUCUGCUAUGAUGGAGUUGAUUUCGGGUCUACCGGAGGAUGUGGCCCGAGACUGUUUAAUUCGGGUUUCGUACCAGCAGCUUCCCACCGUGGCAUCCGUGUGCAAGGGGUGGAAGACGGAAAUUCAGAUGCCGGAGUUCCACGGUCAACGGCGGAGCACGGGGCACGCACAGAAGCUCCUAGUGAUGGUCCAGGCGCGGGUUGACCCGGAAAAAUCCGAAUCGGGUUCCACGAAGCGCCUAACUAACCCGGCUUAUCGGCUCAGUGUAUUGGAACCGGUUACGGGUAACUGGAGCGAGUUGCCACCACUACCCGAAUUCAGUUCCGGGUUACCCAUGUUUUGCCAGGUAGUGGGUGUCGGGUACGAUCUGGUGGUUAUGGGCGGGUUAGACCCGAAUUCGUGGAAAUCAUCGAAUUCUGUGUUUGUUUAUAAUUUCUUGUCGGCGAAGUGGCGCCGCGGGUCUGAUAUGCCUGGUGGGCCCCGUACGUUUUUCGCGUGCGCGUCGGACUCCGACCGGACGGUGUUCGUCGCCGGGGGACAUGACGACGAGAAGAACGCGCUGCGGUCGGCGUUGGCUUAUGACGUGGCGGUGGACCGGUGGAUUUCGCUGCCCGACAUGGCGGCGGAGCGCGACGAGUGCAAGGCGGUGUUCCGCCGCGGGAGGUUGGUCGUCGUCGGCGGUUACCGGACGGACAUGCAGGGAAGGUUCGAGAGGAGCGCGGAGGCGUUCGAUGUUGCCACGUGGAAUUGGGGCCAAGUCGAAGAGGGCUUCUUGGAUUCGGCCACGUGUCCGAGGACAUUGGUGGACGGUGGCGAUGGAAAAGAGACAGUAUAUAUGUGCAUCGGCGGUGACUUGAUGGCCAUGCGGGGGGACACGUGGCAGAAGAUAGCGGCGGUUCCGGGGGAGAUACGCAACGUGGCGUACGUUGGAUCAUUUGAUGGGACUCUGUUGUUGAUUGGAUCAAGCGGCUACGGUGAAGUGCACAUGGGUGUUAUGUUUAAUGUGAAGAGUUGCAAUUGGAGCAAACUGGAAAGCCCAGGGGGGUUUAGGGGCCAUGUCCAAACCGGUUGCGUUUUGGAGAUUUAGACUAAAAAUACGAAAAAUGGAAAUUGACUUUUUGAUUUUUCCACGUGAAGAUGAUACAAUAUAGCUAUAUAGUUAUUUUGUUCUGUUAAUUAACGUAAUCUUUUUUGCAUUAAUAUUAUGCAUCCUUGCAUUAAUGCAUGCAUACUCUAUUAUCAUAAAAAUUUGUUUCUACCAUAACAAGUUCUGAAAAACAAAACCAUAAAUAUUUAUGAUUUUAAAUAUUUUAGGAUUCAAUAUCAUCAGUGUAACCAGAGUUUUUUUUUUUAUGUAUUUACAAAUUUGGAAAUUCUGUAUUUGGAGUAAUGCCCAAGCCUUCACGCCUACGCAAUGGCACGUCUCUUCCCCUUUUUUUCUUUUCGUUAAUGUUGUUUGGUUGUUAUUACGGUCCCCACAAUUCCCUUCUUUGCCCAAUUGACGCCUGGCCCAAACAAGUAAACCACACAACUUUCAAGUAUUUAUGUUUGUUACAAUUUUCAAACUACAGCAACUUCAAUUUUAUAAAUCAUCUAUUUAUGCUUCACAUUAUUGUAUUCAUCUACCGUAAACUGCGAAUCUUUUUGAAAAUUAAUAGCACUGUUAACUUUUUAUAUAUGAAAAUUCAAGUAUAUGUUUAUGUUAAUUCCUGAAAUUGUUUUACUUCUAGUCUUUCAUCUUGUAAAGUGUGAUUUAUUUCGCUUUUAAUGUAAAAUAACAGUAAUAAAAUAAAACAAAUGACCUUUUGUAGAAUUAAGGAAUGAGGAGAUUGAGACGUGUGAUUUUAGAGACUAGGACGUGUCUACUUGAAUUUUAUAUGGUCACACUUAUUUUCCAUGAUAUAAGUUUAUGAGGAUACUUUUGACUUAAUUUCACCAUGUGUCAAAAUCCGGCACUGAACAUAGGGAUGAAAGGCGUAAAGUUAUAGAAAAGCCAAUGUGAACUAUGCAUUGGGUUUUGAGUCCCUGGUGUUAAAUGGAAUGGAAUUUCUCUUUCAUUUUCUUCCUUGCCUUUUCUCGAAAUACAUUAACUCUGUUUUAUUUGCCUUUACCCCAUAACACAAUCAAUAUUGAGCUGUGAGCCUAUAAUGCUGUGCAUAAUCUGUGUUAAAAAAGUAUGUCACUUAGUCCAAUGUUCAAUUAAUUGCUUUAUAUUUCAAGUUUUAACAACACAGACACAUAUAUAAUGCUUGUACCUUCCCAAAUGGAGCUAAGACAAUCAAGAGGGGGUUGACAAUUGAAGCAUAAAAUGGGCCUUUGCGCACGCACCAACUAAAGGAAAUGAGAACCCAACUUACUCCACAAGACCCUCCUUAACUAAAUUUUGGAUUUUGACCCAAUUUUAGGUGCUGACAACUUUUAUGGGCCUUGUCAAGAUUUUUCGGGUCCUUUUAAUCUGAGGAAAUUACUUAUUAUACCCUAUUUUUUCCAUUUUAUAAAAUAUCCUUACUUUUAACUUUUGUUCAUCUUGUUCUUGGUCUUCAUCUUGUGCUCUCGCUCUUGGGCUUGGUUUUGUUUUGCUUUCAUUCUUGUUCUUGUUCUUGUUUUUUGGUUCUUAGUCUUGCUUUCUUAUUCUUACUCUCGUUACAGUGGGUCUUGUUCUUAUUCUUGAUCUUGAUCUUUGUUCUUGUUU